ACAACACGGAACUCGACAAAUUGAGCGCGCGAUGCCUGAGCCGUUGGCGCCACAGGCAUAAACUUCAAGCUGUUUGCAGUGAUAGUUGUAGAAAACCGUCUGUCUAGCAGUUGCUAAAGUAAUCUUCAGUUUCAACGCAAAAUCGUCAGACAUGCCUAAACUUUCAGAAGGCGCGAUUGAGGCUUUAGCUAAUGGCUCCGGUUGGAAUGACGCAGUUCUUCAGCUGGUGAACAUUCGCAAAAUAGAGGGAGGAAGUGGGAUACCUCGCUUUCGGGUGAUGAUGAGUGAUGGACGCCACACACUGUCAUCCUUUAUGCUUUCCACUCAGUUGAACUACUUGGCUGAGGAAAACAUCCUCGCCCCAAACUGUGUGUGCAUUCUGAAGAAGCAUGUGACCAAUAUUCUGAAGGAUGGACGCCGAGUGGUCAUCAUUUUGGAAACCGAAUUGAUCAAACCUGCUGAAGAAGUCAGUGGUAAAAUUGGAGACCCUACUCCUUACUUUGAUGGUCAGAAUAAAGGCCAGCAGUCUGGCCCCGUCCCUGCAGCUCCAGGCCCCGAAGUCAGACCUCCACUGCAGGCACAAAACAAGAACGACGUGAACAUAGGUUUCAGCAGAGAUUUUGCCAAAAAGGCUCCAUCUGUAAUGCCCGAUACUCCAGGGGGGAGCUCCAAAGUUGUACCCAUCGCCAGCCUCAACCCCUACCAGUCCAAGUGGACCAUCCGCGCCCGUGUCACCAACAAGAGCAGCAUUCGCACAUGGAGCAACUCUCGUGGCGAAGGCAAACUCUUCUCCAUGGAGAUUGUAGAUGAGAGCGGAGAAAUCCGAGUGACAGCUUUUACCCAAGAAGUGGACAAAUUCUUCCCUUUGAUCGAGGUUGGCAAGGUCUACUACAUCUCCAAGGGCUCCCUGAAGAUUGCCAACAAGCAGUACACAUCGGUGAAGAAUGACUACGAGAUGACGCUCAAUGGGGAAACGAGCAUCGUCCCCUGUGAGGACAGCUGUGACGUUCCCACGGUGCAGUGUGACUUUGUCUCCAUUGCUGAGCUGGAGAACAGGGACAAAGAUGCCAUUGUUGACGUGAUUGGAGUGUGCAAGAGCGUGGACGAGAUGACCCGCCUCACCACCAAGAAUAACCGCGAAGUGUCCAAGAGGACGCUGAGUCUGAUGGACAUGUCUGGGAAGCUGGUGACUGUCACUCUGUGGGGAGAGGAGGCAGAGAAGUUUGACGGCUCUGGGCAGCCUAUCGUUGCCAUUAAGGCCGCAAAGCUCUCAGACUUUGGAGGCCGCUCGCUUUCUGCGUCCUUCAGCAGCACCCUGAUGGUCAACCCGGACAUCCCCGAGGCGUAUAAACUCCGAGGCUGGUUUGACAAAGAAGGCCACGCCAUGGAUGGACAGUCUCUGACGGAGACGAAGGGCAGCGGAGGAGGAAGCACCAACUGGAAGACUUUGUCCGACGUGAAGAACGAGCAUCUGGGACACGGAGAAAAGGCCGACUACUACACCUGCAUAGCCACCGUGGUGUUUCUGCGGAAGGAGAACUGCCUUUAUCAGGCCUGCCCGACCCAAGACUGCAACAAAAAAGUGGUCGACCAGCACAACGGCAUGUUCCGCUGUGAGAAGUGCGAUAAAGACUUCCCCAACUUCAAGUACCGCCUCAUCCUGUCUGCUAACAUUGCAGAUUACACCGACAACCAGUGGGUGACUUGCUUCCAGGAGAGCGCAGAGGCCAUUCUGGGCCAGAAUGCAGCUUACCUGGGCCAGCUCAGGGACUCGAGUGAAGCUGCGUUGGACGAAGUCUUCCAGCAAUCAAAUUUCAACACGUUUGUCUUUCGUAACCGAGUGAAACUGGAAACGUACAACGAUGAGUCCAGAGUAAAAGCCACAGUGUUCGAUGUGAAGCCCGUCGAUCACAGAGAUUACAGCAAGAGGCUGAUCAUAAACAUACGAAGCAUGGCUGUCAAGUAGAAACUGUUGCUUUAGAUUUUUGUACAUCUAAAAAACCGCCCUAAACGGAUGACAUGUAUUUUAGUUCUUUAUUUCCCUUUCUUCCAGAUGAACCUUUGGAGGGGCUGUUUUCUUUUAAAUACUGACGUGUUUUGUUGUUUCUUUUCCUUUGUGUCCUUUAUGUUUGUUAUUUGGGUGAAUCAGAGCAGAGAGCAGGUCAAUAAGGCAGAAAACGUCAUCAAAGAGUUUUAAGUCGGCUAGUGUUUGGUGCAUAUCCUGUGGUCUCCGGGAGGCGGUGUGUGCGUGCAUGCGUGCGUGUGGGUGGGUAGGCGGGGGGGGGACAGUCACGAGCACUCUUCCACCCUCUGACCAGCUCUUAAAGCGCCUGGGCUGGACCUGCACAUCCCUGAUAAGAACAUGUACCCUUUUCUUUCUUGGCUCUGACUGCAGCAUCCUCCCCAGCAGUGCAGACCUGGUGUAAAAUGUAAUUUUUUCUAAAUAAAAAAAUGUGGACAGAAAUCUUGUUUCCUGACUCUUGUAAUUCUGUUUCUGUGAUGGCUGUAAAAAUAAAGCUUCUUGUUAUAAAGUUAA